GUCUCCGCCGUGAGGGACUACCAGGAGCUGAACGGAGAGGAGAAACGGGCCAUCGUGAAACGGCACGCGCACAUGGGACGAAUGUCGUCCGUUAACAUACUGUUCUUCUCGUACAUCAGUGCGACGUUGUUCUCCAUGGUACCUAUGUUUGCCGGGGACGACCACGCGAUGGAUAAUUUCAACCGAACUCGAAAGGAUCACCUGAACUACCCUAUACCCAGCGAGUGCACAUUGGAGCUCCUGGAGGUCCCAGGGAAUUUCUACGCGUUGGUUUACGUCGGCGAGUACUUUCUACUUUUGGUGAUAGCGGCCGGAAACCUCGGUAGCGACACCAUGUUAUUCGGCACCGUUUUUCACCUGUGCGGUCAAGUGGAGAUGCUGAAGCUAGACUUCAGCAGAUUCGUCGAGGAAGGGGCGGAUAGUGCGCUCCGUUUCGACGCCUUGGUGAACAGGCAUCGACAUCUGCUGGCAUUGGCCGAUCAGCUGAACGACGCGAUCGCGUUUAUUCUAAUCUUGCAAAUGUCUUCGAGCUGCUUGCUCAUCUGUACGACAG